UACAGAGAGAAUACUGCAUUGGUACAAACGAUGCAGACCCAGUGUCAGACUUGUGCUUCUUGCAGGAUAUAAUUUAGCUAGAGGUUGCUGAAUUUAUCACAUUAUUUAUUUGGUAGACUUCAUAGAGGGAAAAUGUCACAUAUGCUGCAGGCAGCUGAAAGGGUGAAAUGGAACAAAGAGACAGCAUUGAAGAGAACAGCCUUCCUGUUAGCUGCAGCUUAUGGAGUCAAGCUUGUGUACCCCAUCCUCUGCAAGCGGCUCAGUCGUAGCCCCUACACACUCCGCAGAGAAGAGGCUCAGCCGCACCACAACCAUCUGGGCACCUGCAAGAAGUCUUCCCCUGCAGUCAAUGUGGAAUUUUACCAACAGCUGCGUGAGCUCAGGAAAAUCCUCUUCCCAAGACUGUUUACCAAGGAGCUGGGGCUGCUUUCUGUGCACUCCUUAGCUUUAAUUUCCAGGACGUUUCUAUCAGUUUACGUUGCGGGUCUGGAUGGAAAAAUAGUAAAAAGCAUUGUGGAAAAAAAGCCACGGAGCUUCUUAAUCAAGCUAAUGAAGUGGCUGUUGAUAGCCAUCCCUGCCACUUUUGUGAAUAGCGCAAUCCGCUACUUGGAGUGCAAAUUGGCGCUGGCCUUCCGCACUCGCCUGGUUGACCAUGCAUACGAAACCUACUUUGCUGAUCAGACUUAUUAUAAGAUUAUCAAUAUGGACGGAAGGCUGGCCAAUCCUGAUCAGUCACUAACUGAGGAUAUUAUGAUGUUUUCUCAGUCGGUAGCUCAUUUAUAUUCCAACCUUACCAAGCCCAUCCUAGAUGUGGUGCUGACAUCCUACACUCUCAUUCAGACUGCCAGAUCUAGAGGAGCUAAUCCCCUGGGGCCUACAUUACUAGCAGGGCUAGUGGUUUAUGCAACAGCCAAAGUCCUUAAAGCAUGCUCACCUAAAUUUGGUAAACUUGUGGCAGAAGAAGCACAUAGAAAAGGUUACCUGCGAUAUGUUCAUUCCAGAAUUAUAGCCAAUGUGGAAGAAAUCGCAUUUUAUAGAGGUCACAAGGUAGAGAUGAAUAAACUCCAGAACAGUUAUAUGGCACUGGCAGACCAAAUAAACCUUAUCCUUUCCAAACGCCUGUGGUAUGUUAUGAUAGAACAGUUCCUGAUGAAAUACGUGUGGAGCGGUAGUGGAUUAGUAAUGGUUGCUGUUCCCAUCAUCACUGCAACAGGCUUUGCAGAUGGAGAUAUAGAGGAUGGACAUAAACAAGCAAUGGUGAGUGAACGCACUGAAGCUUUCACAACAGCUAGAAAUUUACUUGCUUCCGGAGCUGAUGCCAUCGAAAGAAUUAUGUCUUCAUACAAAGAGGUAACAGAAUUAGCAGGCUAUACUGCAAGAGUGCACAAUAUGUUUUCAGUCUUCAAUGAAGUUAAGAAAGGAAUAUACAAAAGAUCUUAUAUCCAAGAAUCCAAGAAUCACAAAAAAAAGGAAGAAAAAACAGAAUUACAUAUCGAUGGACCCUUGGAAAUCAAAGGUAAAGUGGUUGAUGUUGAUCAUGGAAUUAUCUGUGAGAACGUUCCUAUCAUUACACCAAAUGGAGAUGUGGUGGUUUCCAAACUGAAUAUUAAAGUAGAAGAAGGGAUGCACCUUCUGAUUACUGGUCCGAAUGGUUGUGGAAAAAGUUCUUUGUUCCGAAUUCUAGGUGGUCUCUGGCCUGUCUAUGAAGGAGUUCUCUACAAACCUCCUCCUCACAAGAUGUUCUAUAUUCCACAAAGACCAUAUAUGUCAAUAGGAACACUGAGAGACCAGGUUAUCUAUCCUGACUCAGUGGAUGACAUGCAUGAAAAAGGCUACCAAGACCAGACUCUGCAAUCUAUUCUAGACAUUGUUCACCUGAAUCAUAUAGUACAACGAGAAGGAGGAUGGGAUGCAGUUAUGGACUGGAAAGAUGUUUUAUCAGGAGGUGAAAAGCAGAGGAUGGGAAUGGCACGGAUGUUCUACCAUAAGCCACAAUAUGCAUUACUGGAUGAAUGCACUAGUGCAGUAAGCAUAGAUGUGGAAGGGAAGAUAUUUCAAGCUGCAAAGGAUGCUGGGAUAAGCCUGCUUUCCAUCACCCAUCGACCAUCACUUUGGAAAUAUCAUACUCAUUUGUUGCAAUUUGAUGGAGAAGGAGGUUGGAGAUUCGAACAACUUGAUACUGCUACGCGUUUGUCGCUAAGUGAAGAGAAACAAAGACUUGAAUCUCAGCUUGCUGGAAUUCCGAAAAUGCAACAGCGUUUGAAUGAACUGUGCAAAAUCUUAGGAGAAGAUUCCGUCCUUAAAACAAUAGAUGAAGAUGAAUAGUUCAUCAGUACUUCAAUAUCCUAUUCAUUUUUAUUAUUAUUAUUAAUAAUAAUAAUAAUAAUAAUGAAGAUUACAGAGUAUGAUUAAUUGACAAAGGUAUGGUAUGCAUGGGUUGUUAUAUAUUUAGGUCUGAUUGCACAAAAGAAUAUGUUUAAAAAUGUAAGAGUAAUAUAUUUGUUAUAGGGAGAAUAUCAAAAUGUAUGGACUGUAUUCUUAUUUGAUAAUUUAUUAACUUCACAAGGACUAUCCCAUAUUUUGCAUAGUUUUUAUUAAAGUAAUUUCUAGUGGGGGUAUUUCAAAUUACAAAGAAAAACAAGAGGGCAUCAGAUGUGUGUGGGGUAUUUUGGUAUAUCAUGUUCCCCCUUCACUAUACGCUGCUUUAUACAAAAUAAAAAUAGAAAUAGUGUACAUUUCUAUUUUUUUUAGAUACACCUUACAAUACAGAAAAAACAUUGUGGUCGAUUUCAGCCUUUCCAGUUUUGUUCCCCAAUAUUGAAAAAAGUGAACAUACAGUAUGUUGUUUUUUUAACCUAGUGAUCACAAUCUUUCCAAGUCAAACACAGCCGAAAUCGAUAACUCACAUGAUAUUUAAUCUUUAUUUUCUCACAACAGCACCCUGAACUACCGCUAAUAAAUACUGAUCACUGAAAUAUGAAAUGGGUAAAAGGGUUUAAUGGAGUCAGGGUGUGGGUGUUUUGCAAUAGGAUACAGCGGAGUUAAGUAAUCUGAAUGCCAUUUGUUUAUGAGACUGAUGUUUGAUCAAUGAUGAUUUUUAAACUUUUAGGCCUAGAUUACAAGUGCAACGCAAAAUUGCACUUUCGCAGGCGAGAUAUUUGCGCUCUACUAUGCAUGCGCUGGUAUUACAAAUUAAGUGCAAUGCAAACGCGACCUCGCGUUCGCAUUUCUUGGAAGCCUUGCGCUCAUGAGAGCUUGCUUCCAUAGGCUCCAAUGAGAGGGCCUCCUUCUCAUGCCGUGAGAUACGGCAAAGAACCUAGCGCAGUGCAGGGGUUAAGUCGAGCAGCUUUGGGCAGCAAAUUAAACAUAUAUGUGUAUGAAUAUAUACAUAUAUAUUUAUGUGUUUAUAUGUGAAAAUACACAUAUUGACACAUGAAUAUAUAUGUAUAUAAGCAUAAACCGUACAUAUAUAUUUA